AUGGCAGAACAAACUGAAGAUCUGAAAGCUUUUGAGCGCAGACUAACAGAGGUCAUCAGUGGCCAUCAGCCUGCUGCCAGAUUCUGGAGAAUCAUCUUCAUAUUUGUGUUCCUGUGUACCAUGUUUGGAGCCUGGACCUGGCUUUGGGAUCCGGAAACCUCUCAGGUGAGUCUGUGGCAGUCGCUGUGGAACCACCCAUUCUUCAGCAUCAGCUGCCUUGUCCUCAUAUUGCUGUUCCUCUUUGGCAUACACAAAAGAGUGGUUGCUGCAUCAAUUAUAGCCUCCAGAUGCCGUACAUUCUUGGCUGAAUAUAAUAUGUCCUGUGAUGAUAAUGGUAAAUUAAUACUAAAGCCUCGGCCAGCCCCAUGA